AUGGAUCACAAGCGAGGGAGCAAAAAACAACACCGUCGAGGGAGCAAAAAGCAUCCAGAAGUCAUCUACAUCUUCAUCAGCACACAGUUGAAAUCUCAAAGGCUCUCUGAACCUCAAGCGGAUCGGACGUGCUUCUCUGGCGGGAAUUGCAUCAGAGUGAAGAGGAUGUUUCUGGACAAUUUGUGUGACAAGAAUCAGUCUGUGAAGGAUUUCGCGCGCUUCGACAUGGAUUCCGAAUGGAACAUUCCAAGCACUCAAGUGACAGUCUUAACGCCCACUUCACCUGGGAAUCAGUCCACCUUCUUCAUUCCACCUCCAUUCCAACCCUUCUCAUCAGCAACAUCGCCCUUCCAGCACUGUGAGAUUUCCCCUGUGGUCAGUGAGUACAUCCCCGAGGCCACUCCUCUGGCCACGGACUUCACCACUUUGGCCGAAACGCCCUGCUCUCUGGCCAGUUCUGCCGACCCAAAGAUCACCGUGAAAAAUGACAUGAUUUUCAAAUUCGAGCCCGAGGACAUUGCCAAGUACAAAACCCAAAUGAUCUCUCCUGGGAGCGAUUUUGACUACUACAACUACAAUGAGAUCAACUGCCAAUCGAAGCAUCAAUCUCCCUGCUCCUCACCCAACAUUGAUCCCUGGAUUGGAAUUGGAAAUGCCGGACUUGAUCCUUUGCCGCCAAUUGAGACAAUCGUGAAGAGCCAAUAUCGGCAGGAGCCACCAAUUUCCCUCUCCAUUGAUGACUACUUCGACACAUCCUUCCUGGAUCAGUAUCCCUCACCGCAGCAACCGGACUCCUACAGUUAUCCGGCUGAGAACUUCAACACCAAUCCCGAACAGAAGCCCAAGAGGAUGCACAAGGACAUCUGGAACGAGGAGACGCCCGAAGAAGUGCCUCUGGAGGAGAAGUCGACAGAAAACGAAGUGCUGGAAUGUCGCUGGAUAGACUGCAAUCAGCAGUUUGGGGAUCAAUGCACCCUGGUUGCGCACAUUGAGAAGCGGCACGUGGAGAUGCGUCGAGGCGAGGAGUUCUCCUGCUUCUGGAUCGGAUGUCCGAGGCGCUUCAAGCCCUUCAAUGCGCGCUACAAGCUGCUCAUCCAUAUGCGAGUGCACAGUGGCGAAAAGCCCAAUAAGUGUCCGUUCACCGGCUGCAAUAAGGCAUUCUCGCGGCUGGAGAAUCUGAAAAUUCACCAGAGAUCCCACACUGGCGAGAGGCCCUACAAUUGCCAGUUCGAGGGUUGUCACAAGGCAUUCAGCAACAGUUCCGACCGCGCGAAACACCAGAGAACGCACUAUGACACGAAACCCUACGCCUGCCAGAUUGAGGGCUGUAACAAGCGCUACACAGAUCCGUCAAGUCUGCGGAAGCACGUGAAGAAUCACUCUCUCCGUGACCACGCGCCGGUGAAGCGCAAGUCUCACAAAACAUCUCAGGUCAGGACAUCCACGAAGACUCGCCGGCGCCACUCAGAAUCCUCCCUGUACGUUAUGGAGCCCGAAACGCCAUCCGUUCUCACCGUCCAAGAUGACAACUUCAUCUUCGAGGACGUGUUCAAUGACAUCAUCGAGGAGAAGGAAAUCCCAUCCUCGAUGGACUUCAACGAGCUCUCGAAUUGCAUCAGCAAGAUUCAGACUGAAAACACCGCCAGAUCUCAAGACGUUGUGAACAUUCUGGAGAAUGGGAACUAUGACGAUGAGUUUGUCUCCUUUGAGUACGUGAAGAAGCUCCUUGGCGAUCCACUUGACUAUGAUCUCCCGAAUCCCGGGAAUUCUUCCCUGGGAUUAGAUUAUUUCGCUGAAAUUAUGUAGAAGUAUAAAUUAUAAAGUCAAUAAGUUUUCGUUCUAAUGCCUAAGAUUACGAUUUUGUGCAAUUAUUCCAAAGAGAAGAUACAAAUUUAUGAGAGCGCAAAAGUUAGAGAAAUUAAGACAAAAAUUAAAAGACAAAUAAGUGAUAGAGAAAUUGUUGAGUCACUGUGUUUUAGCGUCUAAUUUGCAUGUUGUUGUCUCACGUAAA